GGUAAAUUCCUUAGCUAUGAUUGGUUCAUGUCUUAUCAUCAGAGCAAAGCAUGUGGCUACCAUAAUUCGCACUGUAACAACAGGUAUUCCCAAGCAGAGGCAACACAGUGUAGCUUCUUAUCCGGGAGAACUCGGUAUACAACCCCCUGUCAGCCGAAUCAAACCCCAGCUAGGUAUGAUAUCAACUUUCGCAGCCAGCAUUUCUCAAGCUUCGUUCGAUCCCACGUGAAAUCAUACCACCGACUCAACUCCCCCUUCGCCCACUUCGCCCAGUCCGCCCCCGACCACCACAACUCACCUCUCUCACCGAACCAUGGCCUCAAUUGCGCGAUGCCUACGGGCAGUCCGGCCCUCGACGCUGUCUCGUGUCCCCCAGACUCCCCGCGUCCGACCUAAUUGGCAAGCCACUGGCCUCCGAGCUUUCUCUGCCUCACCGAUAAGAGACAUCCGCAAAUACACCAAGGACCACGAGUGGGUAGAUCUCAACGCGGACCAGACCACGGGCGUGAUCGGCAUCUCCGAGUACGCGGCCCAGGAGCUGGGCGACGUGGUGUACGUCGAGCUCCCCGAGGAAGGCAAGGAGCUCCUGGCGGGCGACACGCUGGGCGCCGUGGAGUCCGUCAAGAGCGCCGCCGACAUCAACAGCCCCAUCUCGUGCACCGUGACGCACGCCAACGGGCUGCUCGAGGAGAAGCCCGGCACCAUCAACGAGGUGCCCGAGGACGACUCGCACGGCGGCGGGUGGAUCGCCAAGGUCACCGUCUCGGAGCAAGGCCGGAAGGACUUCGAGGCCCUGAUGGAUCUGAACGAGUAUAAGGACUUUACGGGGUCCGAGGAGCAUUAGAUCGUUCGCGCCUAUCGGGGUGGAAGCCACGAGACGAUAACUAGGUGACGGCAGAGAGAUGGAAGAGUGCUGGAUUGCAUUUGUUUCAUGGUUCGUUUUUUUUUUUUUUAGAACAUAUACAUACGGGGGGCCGGCAUAGGAAACCAGCAAAGGAAACGGUGUUUCAACAGAGAAGUAAGAUGAUGAGAAUUUUUUUUUUUUCGCGAAAAAAAAAGAAAGACAGAGAAACGGGCUCAACACCUUGUAUCAUAGGCAUUGCUGCAGAGUGGAUUUAUUUAUUUAUUCUAGUUUUUUUUUAGUUUUUUUUUCUGA